GGUGACGGCUGGGGCGAGUGCGUCGAAUUUUAAUUGUGAUUUUCCUGGAGCGUUGUUUGUGAUAUCUUUAUUGGUUUUGGGAGCCCGAGAGUCUCUGUACUGGCAAGUCGGUCGCGUGGAUUUUUGCGCAAGUUUUUAGAAAAACACUGACUCGAGUAGAGCAUUUCUCCGGAAAGUUUCAAGUGCAGCAAAAUAGCGAACAUGCAAAACUGGCCAAGGGGAGACCUCUAGUGGUUAAACGCUUCUUUAAGUUCGGAAGGCCGAGAGCAAAGUUUGGCCUUUGCUUGUAGCUACGUAGUCCGUUCAGACGUGGAAGUAAUUAGACGACCUGAGCCAGCAGCCAGAUGUGUGUGAAUGGAUGCCGAUCAGAAAUACAAGGUUUUAGUAUCGGAGAGCAGAUAAGUUCUGACGACCCAGACCCGGCGACUCGGAUCCCUGUUUGUUUAUAUGGGAAAAACACUCAGCUGUUAUCUGUGAUUUGAGAUGGGUCUAUAAACUGGGUUAGAAACAAUUGUUUGUUUUUAUAUAUUUAUCCUUGCCUUUACCUUUGAUCAGCUUUUCAUCAGGAGUCACAGCGGGUCGUUUCAUUUUGAAUAUUAAUAAAAACGCAAAGUGUUUACAACUCUGAAAAAAAUGAAAAAGUCCUUUGGUUGAAAUUUGUCUUUUAUAUAAACUGAUCAUUUUAUUUGCCAGUAAAUAGAAUUAAAGGCUGGUAUUUAGUUUUUUAACCGUGUAGUUUCAUAUAGUCACAAAAUAAAUAGUAUCUUUUAGUUCUAGGAGUGUAAUUUUGUUUCACUAAGAUCUUAUUUCAGAAUACUUUGUAUAAGUUGUGAUUUAAAUAUUUACAUAUAUGGGAAAAACUGCUUACAUAAUAUCUAUUCAUUUGCCAAUGUGUGUUGUGCAAAGUAACUUCAAUUUUAAACAUAAAGGCACUGAGAGAAAUUAAAGUUGAAUUAAAUGAUCCCUGUAACUUUCACCUGUGGGCGGUACAGUGGGGGAAAACUUUAGUUUAGCAAUUUAGGAUAAGGGUAUAAUAUGAAUGAUAAAACCCAGUUCAUCUCAUCCAGAACUAUUUUCUUUUUAGUAUACUGAAUGGUAUUGUGUGCAAUUAUGCAAUAAGUCAGCGAUUCAAAAAUUCAACGUAUUAAUUGUGGAUGUGAAGUCUUCUUUUUUUACAACAGUGCAUUGAUUUUACUUUUCGUCUCUUUAAAUUAAUGCUGGACCUUUAGGAGAAGUCUUGGGGGUGGACAGCAAUCCCAAAGACCACCAGACAGUUAUUUCUUCACUGCCACUAGGUUCCAAAAUAAAUCAUGACUGAAUCUGCCUCUAGCACAAGUGGUCAAGAAUUUGAUGUAUUCAGUGUUAUGGACUGGAAAGAUGGAGUAGGCACGCUACCAGGAAGUGACUUAAAGUUUCGGGUAAACGAGUUUGGAGCCCUGGAAGUUAUCACAGAUGAGAGCGAGAUGGAAAAUGUCAAAAAAGCAACAGCUACCACAACUUGGAUGGUACCAACUGCUCAGGAAGCCCCGACCUCUCCCCCGAGCUCCAGGCCCGUAUUUCCACCUGCCUACUGGACAUCUCCACCUGGAUGUCCCACAGUCUUUUCAGAGAAGACUGGGAUGCCUUUCAGGUUGAAGGAUCCAGUGAAAGUAGAAGGGCUUCAAUUCUGUGAGAACUGUUGUCAGUAUGGCAAUGUAGAUGAGUGUCUUUCUGGAGGAAACUAUUGCAGCCAGAAUUGUGCCCGGCAUAUCAAAGACAAAGAUCAGAAGGAAGAAAGGGAUGUAGGAGAGGACAAUGAGGAAGAAGAUCCUAAGUGUAGUCGGAAGAAGAAACCAAAAUUAUCUCUGAAAGCUGACUCCAAGGAGGAUGGAGAAGAUCGGGAUGAUGAAAUGGAAAACAAACAAGACGGAAGAAUCCUGAGGGGUUCGCAGAGAGCCCGAAGGAAAAGGCGAGGUGAUUCGACUGUAAUAAAGCAGGGCUUGCCUCCUAAGGGAAAGAAAGCCUGGUGCUGGGCAUCCUACCUGGAAGAGGAAAAAGCUGUGGCAGUGCCAGCAAAGCUGUUCAAGGAGUAUCAAUCCUUUCCAUAUAACAAAAAUGGGUUUAAAGUUGGCAUGAAAUUAGAAGGUGUGGACCCCGAGCAUCAGUCUGUGUACUGUGUCCUCACUGUGGCUGAGGUGUGUGGAUAUCGGAUAAAACUGCACUUUGAUGGAUAUUCUGAUUGCUAUGACUUCUGGGUAAACGCGGAUGCUCUCGAUAUUCACCCGGUUGGGUGGUGUGAGAAAACUGGCCACAAACUCCAUCCUCCAAAAGGUUAUAAAGAAGAAGAAUUUAAUUGGCAGACCUAUCUAAAGACAUGCAAAGCCCAAGCUGCUCCCAAGUCAUUAUUUGAAAAUCAGAAUAUAACAGUGAUCCCAUCAGGCUUUCGAGUUGGAAUGAAGCUUGAAGCCGUAGACAAAAAGAAUCCUGCGUUCAUCUGUGUUGCUACGGUGACAGAUAUGGUGGACAAUCGUUUCCUGGUACAUUUUGACAACUGGGAUGAGAGCUAUGACUAUUGGUGUGAAGCAUCGAGCCCACACAUUCAUCCAGUCGGGUGGUGUAAAGAACAUAGAAGGACACUCAUUACUCCUCCAGGUUAUCCAAAUGUGAAACAUUUUUCUUGGGAUAAAUACUUAGAAGAAACCAAUUCUUUACCUGCCCCUGCAAGAGCUUUCAAAGUGAAACCUCCACAUGGAUUCCAGAAAAAAAUGAAGCUUGAAGUCAUAGACAAGAGAAAUCCUAUGUUUAUUAGAGUAGCAACAGUUGCAGACACGGAUGAUCACCGAAUAAAAGUUCACUUUGACGGCUGGAACAGCUGCUAUGAUUACUGGGUAGAUGCGGAUUGCCCUGAUAUUCACCCUGUGGGCUGGUGUUCAAAAACCGGGCAUCCUCUUCAGCCUCCUUUGAGCUCCUUAGAAUUAAUGGAAGCUUCAGAACAUGGCGGAUGUUCAACCCCAGGAUGUAAAGGGAUUGGUCAUUUUAAGAGAGUGAGACACCUGGGCCCUCACAGUGCUGCCAACUGUCCCUAUUCAGAAAUCAAUUUGAAUAAAGACCGAAUUUUCCCAGACCGCUUAAGUGGUGAGAUGCCUCCGGCUAGUCCAUCAUUUCCAAGAAAUAAAAGGGCAGACACAAAUGAAAUCUCUUCAUCUCCUGAAAUCAGACCACAUCCUGAUGAUGUCAAAGAAGACUUUGAAGAGACAGAAAGUGAAAUGAGGACAUCACAUGAAGCCAGAGGUGCCCGGGAAGAACCUAGCCUACAACAAGCACAGCGCCGGUCGGCUGUCUUUCUGUCCUUUAAAUCACCAAUUCCAUGUCUGCCCUUGCGCUGGGAGCAGCAGAGCAAACUUCUCCCCACCGUAGCUGGAAUUCCUGCCAGUAAAGUUUCCAAAUGGAGCACAGAUGAGGUGUCAGAAUUCAUACAGAGCUUACCUGGCUGUGAAGAACACGGAAAGGUAUUUAAAGAUGAACAAAUUGAUGGAGAAGCCUUUCUGCUCAUGACCCAGACAGACAUUGUUAAAAUUAUGAGCAUUAAGUUGGGACCUGCUCUCAAAAUUUUCAAUUCUAUCCUGAUGUUCAAAGCUGCAGAGAAGAACUCUCACAAUGAACUUUGAAGAUGGUGAAUUUUGAAUACCAUCAGCUUUCUGCUUUAAAGCUCAUGUUUUAUUCAAAGCACAAGGACAGUUAUAACUCCUAAGCGAGAAGUCUCCAAAACUCAAAAGAGCAACGCUAUCAGAUUAUUUAUAUUCCUCAAGAGACAAUAUAUAUGAAUCCUUAUGAAAGUGCUUCAGCUUUUAACCAGGUACUGUCUAAGAGCACUCAUCCUUUGGUUCUGUUCACUGAGCUAAAUUUAUCUUUGUAAAUCUUUUUGAGGCUGGGGGAGGGGUGGGAGGGAAAGGGAACUUCAUUAAUUAUUUAUGGUAAGGGGGGGGGUCAGGAUAAGAACUUUUGGCAUUUUGUAAACAUUGUUGAGUCCUCUUUCAUGUACACGGUUUCUUUUUCAGUACUUUCAGAAACCUUUUUAUAUAAUCCAACUUCAACUUAAACCAAAUUAGUCAAGACCUGGCCAAGUUUAGCCAGUGGGACUGUUACCUGUAUUGUUAAUUCUGUGCCAUAUUUUGAACUGCAACAUUAUGCUAAGUAUAACUUUGCAAGUCAUGAUAUUGCCUAACUGCUUGUCAUAAUCUGUUGGGGCUGAAUAGAUGUAAAAAAUUACUUUUCUCUAAAUCAGUGUUUUUACUUUUGCACGCAUUAUGAAAUGUUAAAUUACUUUUCACCAGCAUCAUUACUAUAAUUACCAAAAACGUGUAUAUAAAUAAUGGAAUUGAAAAAUAAAAUAUAUAAAUAAAU